AUGAGUUUCAGGUGUUCUUCACAGAGGUGCAUACGAAGCCUCUCUUCUAGUGCUGCUCGAUGCGAAAAGAAAUUGAACAAAUAUUCAUCUAUCGUCACUGGCGAUCCAUCACAAGGUGCAUCCCAAGCGAUGCUUUACGCCACUGGGUUCAGUGAUGACGAUUUCAACAGGGCCCAAGUUGGUGUUGGGUCUGUUUGGUGGUCCGGUAACCCAUGUAAUAUGCAUUUAAUGGAUUUGAAUAAUGCAUGUGCUGACUCCAUAAAUAAGGCUGGGUUGAAAGCUAUGCAAUUCAACUCCAUUGGUGUGUCGGAUGGUAUUACUAAUGGUACCGAAGGAAUGAAGUAUUCAUUGCAGUCAAGAGAAAUUAUUGCUGACUCGUUCGAGACAAUGACUAUGGCUCAAUUGUACGAUGCUAAUAUUGCCAUCCCAAGUUGUGAUAAAAACAUGCCGGGUGUCAUGAUGGCAAUGGGAAGACACAAUAGACCAUCGAUUAUGGUAUAUGGUGGUACUAUUUUGCCUGGAUCGCCCACUUGUGGUGCCAGCAAAAGCAACCCGGCCAUUGCUGACAAGAUUGAUAUCAUUAGUGCUUUCCAAAGUUAUGGACAAUACUUGUCAAAGCAAAUUACCUUGGAGGAAAAGCAAGAUGUUGUUAGGCAUGCGUGCCCUGGACCUGGUGCUUGUGGUGGUAUGUACACGGCCAACACUAUGGCCUCGGCUGCUGAAGUCAUGGGAUUGACUUUACCUUACUCGUCGUCAUCACCAGCUGUUUCAAAGGAAAAAGCUCAUGAGUGUGCUUCAGUUGGUGACGCUAUAAAGAAUUUGUUGAACAAGGAUUUGAAGCCAAGGGACAUCAUCACGAAGAAAUCGUUUGAAAAUGCCAUCACUUACAUCAUUGUUACUGGUGGCUCCACCAAUGCUGUUUUGCAUUUGAUUGCCAUUGCAUCUUCGUUUGAUAUUGACCUUUCUGUUGACGACUUCCAAAGAAUCAGUGACUCGACUCCAUUGCUUGCUGACUUUAAGCCAUCUGGUAAAUAUGUUAUGGCUGACUUGCAAGCUAGAGGAGGUACUCCAGCAGUUAUGAAGUAUUUGGUUGAGGAAGGGUUGCUUGAUGGAUCUCAAUUGACUGUUACCGGAAAGACCAUUGCUGAGAACUUGAAAGAUUUACCAGGAUUGCCAAAGGAUCAAGACAUCAUUCACCCUCUUUCCAAGCCAUUGAAGCCUAAUGGACAUUUACAAAUCUUGAAAGGAACCUUGGCACCAGGUUCGGCUGUUGCUAAGAUCACUGGUAAAGAGGGAACUUAUUUCAAGGGUAAGGCCAGAGUUUUUGAUGAAGAGCAUGCAUUCAUCACUGCUUUGGAAGCAGGUGAGAUCAAAAAGGGAGAAAAAACUGUUUGUGUUAUUAGAUACGAAGGACCUAAAGGUGGUCCCGGUAUGCCAGAAAUGUUGAAACCUUCCAGUGCUUUGAUGGGUUACGGGUUAGGACAAGAUGUAGCUUUGAUCACUGAUGGUAGAUUUUCUGGUGGAUCGCAUGGGUUCUUGAUUGGACACGUUGUUCCAGAAGCCGCUGAAGGUGGACCAAUUGGUCUUGUUGAAGAUGGUGACGAGAUUGUCAUUGAUGCUGAAAACAACAUCAUUGACUUAUUGGUUUCGAAAGAAGAGUUGGCCAAGAGAAGGGAGAACUGGACUCCACCUGAACCAAAGUACAAGAGGGGAACUUUAUUCAAGUAUGCUAAAUUGGUUAGUGAUGCUUCCAAGGGAUGUGUUACUGAUAUUUAA